AUGAAUGUUACCUUUGAGUCAACGUUUGAUGGCGACUUCAAUACUUCAACACAAAUGAACACAGUUGUUGCCCCCAUCACCAGCCCGAUACCAGACACCCAUCCUACCUCAUCAAUUAUGACAACAACGGUAGAUGUCGUCAUGGAGCGUGCUGAUGAACCUAUGGCUGAUGUUUCUGAUAUCUCCGGAAACGUCACUGAAUCAUACUCAACUACACUGGACACUAAUGUGGAAGACACUAUUGGUGACAUUGGAACAGACUCAAAUGAAGUGAAUACAACUUUGGAAGACAGUAAUUGUGACGGCAAAAAUGUCACAGGAUCAAACAGGGCGAAAACAAAUUCAACAGCCAUUUUAGAGCCGACGUCGUCAAUGUUAUCAACGACGUCUUCGUCGUCGUUAAUCGUUGCAAAUAUCACUAAUCUUGAUGUUACAACCACGACGUCAAAUAAAUUAACCAUACCACCCGAGUCCACUACACAAGCGCAGAACCCAGGCGAAAUUCUACAUAACGUCCCCGACGGAGAAAAUGGUACCAAAUCCAUCGCUGUAGUAGACUUCUAUCAGAUGAUCUUGGCACGGUCCAACAUGUCAGUAAAUUCGAAGUCAACGACUACUGAGAGACCGGUAUUUUUACCAGGGCCAGGGCCGGGGCCGUUACACGUACGACCAAUAAACGGACCAAUGGGACAGGGGCAUUUGAACGGGUCCAGCAAACCCAAUGGAAACCAGGGCUUUCCGAUUACUGAGGUGAAGUUUCAAGUGUCUGGCUUCAACAAGGGUCCAGUUGGACCGCUGCGCGGAGGAUCAAAGCCACCUUUACUUAUAGACGAACACGUGACAAGCAGCGCGUCGCUCCAGAACCUGUCACGUGUCUUAAAGACGCUCCGAGAACAGGCGCUCGUGGACAAUGCUACCAUGGCGGUGUUCGCGGAAACAGUUUCUUCCACAGUCACCAACGUUGACGCCAUGAACCAGUCGGAUGAAAUGAAGCGUGACGUGUUCAGUGACGUCAUGCAAGUAUCCGAGGAUUUACUAGACAGCAUAGUGGACCCAGAAGAAGAGGUUGACAUCAGCACACAGGCGUUAGAAAUACGAAGCCGCGUGUUUUCCUCAUGCCUGAACGAGGAAUUGAAUGUCGACUUUGGCAAGCCGGGAUGUGAUAUCAGUGCAAGCCUGUCUGACGGAUUGUUCCGCUACCUUAACACAACAGAUGUUCGCAUAUCAACGUUGACGUACCGAAAGAUGGAUACGUUUAUCCAUGCGAGUAGUGCCCACAUCAGCAGCAUAGUUGUCGCCGUCACCGUACAUGCCGUGAAAGGAAACAAAACAACAAGAAGCAAAAUACGGACAAAGGACGCCAUCACAUUUGAAAUGAGGACAUCUGUGGAGCAGUCUAAACAAGAAGAAAGACGGGAGUGCACUUUCUGGGAUUACGUCCUGAGCAACUGGUCCCCCGAAGGUUGCUCGGUUGUGAGACAGAACUCCUCCCACACUACGUGUACAUGCAACCACCUGACCAGCUUCGCCAUCCUCGUCAUGUACGUCCAGACGAAAGAUAUCUCCAUACAGAGCGAGCAAGCAUUGUUCACCUUGACCACGGUCGGAUGCAGCCUUUCCAUCGCGUGUCUUCUUAUGGCGCUCAUUACCUACAUCUAUCUUAGGAUGUUAGGUCGCGAGAAGGUGAUGAUCCACGCAAACCUCUCACUGUCCCUCAUGCUGGGACAGAUCGUCUUUGUGUCCUCCAGUGACGCCCAUAAAAACCCGGUGGCGUGUAAAGCCGUCGCGGUCUUGUUGCACUUCCUGUUCAUGUCUGCAUUCUCCUGGAUGCUGGUCGAAGGCCUGGCCCUUUACCUCUGCUGCACCAAGGGCAUCUUUAACCACCGUGACAUGCGCGUCAAGUACUUCCUGUUGGGGUGGGGAUUGCCCCUUAUUAUUGUUAUCAUAUCGUUCGCCGCCAGGUUCCCUGAUUACGGCAAUGGACCACAAUACAGUUGCUGGCUUUCCAUUGACGAUGGUGUGAUUUGGGCAUUUCUGGGUCCUAUGCUGGUAAUCGUCCUUCUGAAUAUCGUGGUGAUGGGUCUGGUCGUCAAGGUUUUCCUCACACUAAAGGCCAACUCGGAGAAAACCGAAGUUGCGAGGCUUAAGGGAUCGCUGCGCGCUAUGUUCACCCUUCACCCCCUACUUGGCCUGACCUGGAUCCUGAGCCUCCUGGUCCCAUUCAGCGUGGUGUUUCAUUACUUCUUUGUGAUCGUCAACACCGUCCAGGGAAUGUGUAUCUUCUUCCUGCACUGUAUCUGCAACGAGGAGAUACGUAAGAAGUUCUAUGAGCGUCGUCGGCGUUGGUCGACCACAAGGACAGGGUCAGACGCCGAUAUGAACCUCCCUGCACGUCGGAAACGCGGGAGCUUUGAUACAAUAAAGGCUGGAGCUGCUGGUACACACGCCACCAUUGAGUACGGUAAUGCACUUUUCUGUAAAUAA